AUGCGAAACGAAUGUGUGCUGUGUGUGCGUGUAUAUGCGGUGAACGCUCAGAAGAUUUCUCAUGAUGAUUCCUCCCCAUCUUAUGAAUCGGAUAUUCGUUGUUUUGAACAAGCUGGUUGUAAAUUAUCGGAUAAAUAUAAACACAUUGUAGUGAUUGACGAUCAUAUUUGUCAAAACCAUCUGUUUAUUUUUGUUGCAUAUUUUCUCUUCAAGGUUCCUUAUUUUCUGGGUCAUUGUAACUAUGAUAGUCCAUUUACCCGGUUGCAUUUUGAACGUGUUUCCCUUGUGACUCCGUUUUUGUUCAUGAAAAGGACAGAAUGCUGCGAGAAUAAAAUCGAUAACAUGGUGAAGAAAGAUGAUGUUGUUGUAUUUAUGAAAGGUACACAGGAAGAACCGAUGUGUGGUUUUUCGCGAAAUGUGAAAUUGGUCUUAGAUUUUCACAACGUUAAGUUCAAAGAUUAUAAUGUACUGGAGGAUCAAGAACUUCGAGAAGGAGUAAAAGCUUACAGUGAAUGGCCUACUAUUCCUCAGGUAUUUGUGAAGGGAGAAUUUGUUGGAGGAUGUGAUAUUGUGGUGCAAAUGCAUAAAGACGGAGAAAUAUCUGAUUUCUUCGACUCGAAGGGCAUUCCAAACAAGUAUGGAGAGAAAAAAUAAAACCGGAACGAUUCUAAUAAAUGAUUUUGUAGGGAGAUUAUUCAGUUGUUAUAGGUACGGAUAGUCACAGAUCUGUAAUAUUUACUGAAAACGAAUAAACAAUUGCAA